AUGGGCAAGUCAAGACGAAACAGAGGCGGCCAAAGCCAUCGCAAGGACCCCAUCGCCAAAACCGUCAAGCCGCCCUCCGACCCCGAGCUCGCCGCCCUCAGGGAGAAGUCCAUUUUGCCCGUCAUCAAGAACCUGCAGAGCUCGGAGCCCAAGUCGCGCACCGCCGCCGCCGAGGCCGUCUCAAAUCUCGUCUCCAAUGAAAAGUGCCGGAAGUUGCUGCUGCGCGAGCAGAUUGUCCACAUCGUCCUCAAUGAGACCCUCACCGACGCGAGCCUCGACAGCCGCGCCGCCGGAUGGGACAUUCUGAGGGUCCUCGCCGAGGAGGAGGAGGCCGACUUUUGCAUUCAUCUGUACCGCCAGGAUGUUUUGAGUGCCAUGGGUUUUGCCUCUCAGACUAUCCUCGAAAAUCUCACCAAGAGUCCUGCUAUGAGCAAAGGACAGUUGAAGGCUACCUGGGCCAUCACCGAGCCUGUCGUUGCCCUUUUGUCCGCCCUGGCUGAGGCCCAAGAUGAGAUCCUCGAGGCCAUUGUGGCUAUCGAGGGCAUCAAGAACCUCCUUUUUGCCAUCAUCGCUUACGCCGACUCACCUCCAAGCAUCUGCCUCGAUGCCCUCUCCGCCCUCCUGACCCUGUCUGAGGACAACACCCGUCUCGCGCAGGACGUUGUCGCUGACGACAGCCCCAAGCCCCUCACAGCCUUGCUCAAGCUGCAAGGUGUACCUGGCGCCAAGGGUGUUUUGGCAUGCGGUGUUUUGCACAACAUUCUCACUACUCUGCAAUGGUUCGACGGCACGCCCGACCAAAAGAGCCUGUCCGAUGCAUCCCUGAUCCCGACCUUGUCCUCGGCACUCAGGGACGCCAAGCAGGAGUCUGACCUGCCGCCCAAGAGCCAGUGGUCCAACCCGACCGAGGUCCUUCAGCUGGCCUUGGAGAUUCUGGCUGACAUCGGAACGACCCUUCAGCAAUCUAUGCGGGGCGACAGCAAGAAGGACGGAGAGGAGUGGAACGGAAUUGGCGACGAAGACGACACCGCCAUGGACGAGGACGACAAAGACAUGGAGCAGGGCUCCGGCGAGGAGGACAACGCCGAGGACGACGACGAGGAUGACGAGUCAAUGGACGAAGACGCGAUGCAGGCCGACAUGGACUUGGUCACUGGCGUGGACGAUGACGACGAGGAGGAGGCAAGAAUGGACGACCUGCCGACCCUGCGUGAGUUGGUACAACAAGCCGUCCCGCAGCUCAUCAGCCUCGCGACCGCGUCUUCGCAGUCCGAGGAUGCCGCACAGCUCCAGGCGCAUGCCCUGUCCGCCCUCAGCAACAUCGCCUGGUCCAUUUCUGUUUUCGACUUCUCCGAAGACCACAACGCCGCCAUCCUGAAGGCGUGGACACCCUCCGGCAAGGCCAUCUGGGGCAAGGUCAUUGUCCCCAUUCUGGCCGCCAACACCGCCGACGUCGAGCUGGCGACCAAGGUGACCAGCCUUGCUUGGGCCGUCUCCCGAAGCUUGCCUGGGCGUGUGCCCCUGGGUGGCGACGAGCACAACAAGUUCAUGGCCCUCUACCAGGCGACAAAGGGCCUUGCCCAACCGAACGCGAACGGCACCAACGGAGACAAGGCCAAGGACGAGGAGCCCGAAGACCCGUUCCAGGGUCUCGGCGUCAAGUGCAUUGGCGUUCUGGGCCAGCUGGCACGGGACCCGGCCCCCAUCGCACUCAACAGGGAGAUUGGCGUCUUCCUCAUCACCGUUGUCAACGCACUGCCCGAAACCCCCGCCGCCGACGCCGUCGAGGCUCUCAACCAGCUGUUUGACAUUUACGGCGACGAAGAACUGGCGUGCGACAAGGAGGUCUUCUGGAAGGACAACUUCCUGCAGCACCUCGAGGCCGCUCAGCCCAAGGUCAAGGCGUUGGUGAAGACGAUUGACAAGAGGACGCAGCCCGAGCUGCGUACUCGCGCCGACGAGGUUGUCUUGAACCUCGGACGGUUCAUCCAGUACAAGAAGAAGAAGCAGCCAUGA